GUCUUUGUCCCCAGCCUAGGAAAGGACGAGGAGGAGGAGGACGAGGAGGAGACAGCAGGCGGGGCUUACCCACCGCUUCCACCCAGUGGAAAGCGAGUGCCGUGCCGCCAGCAGCCCCGCCAGCCGCCGCUUCCCAAGCGCGGAGCAUCACCCUGUGCUCGCCUGCUGCGCUGGACACAGGUGGGAGCUGAUGUGAUGUGGUUGCUCUGCGUGCCGGAUACAGAAACAACAGUGGCUGCUGUUGGUAGGAGGGUCUCCCAUUUGCUCUGAAAGAGGCCAUGUCAAAGCACCCUUUUAAGACACCUUCCAGUUUAAGUGACAAAAAAGAUCAUCUAAGAUGAUCCAAUUUUUUAAAAAUAAAGAUGAAUUUGAGAUCACUGCUUGGUUUUCAUGCACUGGAACCCCAUCCAGAUCUGACCACUGAAAGGAAAUGCAGGAAAUUAUUCCUCAGAUGAGUGAAGAUAGAUUGGAAGAAUCCUGAAAUGAUUUGACCUGUAAUGGAGGGAUGCUUCUGUGAAACUGCCAGAGGACUUCAGCAUAGGACACCUGGUGUCUCUGCUCUCAUCAACCUGUGGCAAAGUCCGAAAUGAACCACACUUGGACGUAUAACCUGAGCUUUGGCACACCUACAGAUUCUGUUGAGCCAAGAGCUGGACUCUCACGAAAUGGGCACACAGUAGCAGCUGUUUUUCUUGGAUUAAUCUUGUUUUUUGGUUUCCUCAAUAACUUGAUUGUCCUCAUCCUCUUCUGCAAGUUCAAAACCCUCCGUAACCCUGUCAACAUGCUCCUCCUGAACAUCAGUAUCAGUGACAUGUUAGUGUGCGUCUCAGGCACUACCCUGAGUUUUGCAUCCAACAUCCAUGGCAAAUGGAUUGGAGGGGAGCAUGGCUGUAGGUGGUAUGGCUUUGUCAAUUCCUGCUUUGGCAUCGUGUCCCUGAUCUCCCUGGCUGUCCUGUCCUACGAACGCUACAGCACCCUCACCCUGUGUAACAAGCGCAGCGAUGACUAUCGGAAAGCGUUGCUGGCAGUUGGUGGUUCCUGGGUUUAUUCCUUGCUCUGGACUGUACCACCUCUGCUUGGAUGGAGCAGUUACGGGAUAGAAGGUGCAGGCACCAGCUGUUCAGUGCGCUGGUCCUCUGAAUCAGCUGAGUCCACAUCCUAUAUCAUCUGUCUCUUCAUAUUCUGCUUGGUCAUCCCUGUAAUGGUCAUGAUGUACUGCUAUGGUCGGCUCCUUUAUGCUGUCAAACAGGUUGGAAAAAUCCACAAGAACACUGCUCGCAAAAGAGAAUACCACGUACUGUUCAUGGUGAUCACUACAGUUAUCUGUUAUCUUGUAUGUUGGAUUCCCUAUGGAGUUAUAGCACUACUUGCAACAUUUGGUAAGCCAGGUGUGGUGACUCCUGUUGCAAGCAUCAUACCUUCCAUCUUAGCAAAAAGCAGCACUGUUUGCAAUCCCAUUAUCUACAUUCUUAUGAAUAAGCAGUUUUACAAAUGCUUUCGCCAGCUUUUCCACUGUCAACCUCCUUCCUCAACUGAUGGAGAGCCCACCUGCCACUCCAAGGUAACCGUUAUCCAGCUGAAUCAGAGAACAGACGGUGGAAAGUUGUGCAAUAAUGAACCACGUCCAGAAACAGACAAUAAAGUCACUUCUCUCCUGCACCCAGAGCCAGGCCUGGAGCCAGCUGCACAAACUGUACCACCAAUGUAAGAGGAAAAAUACAAGCCUUAAACAGAAUAUGUUUGAUUUCACUGUCAUGUUACCCAGCUAACCUUAAAAUUACUAGAGGAAAUUGCCAUUUGUGGGAUAAGAAAGCUGUCAAGAACAAAAACUGGGACUCUGUUAUCAUUUCCUUAGUAACAGUAAGGAUGAGCACAUCACUGCAGGUAUGGUUCAAUAAUGACAAAAUUUCAAGCAAUAUCAUUGACUUUCCUGUAAAUUAGUUAAUGGAGCACUCAGAAGUGGUAAAGUAUCAGUUCUCAGUGACCUGUGGAUCUGUGUCCUCCAGAAACAACCUAAAAGAUAUGAACUAUCUAAUUUAGCUCCUUGCUUUUCCUAUGUCAUCCUAUGCAGUCCAUUCUUUGUAGUUUUAGAUUUAGGUAAAUCUGAUUUCUGGCAGUCAAUUCAAAUUUUUUGCUCAUAUUGGACAUGGGUGUUUGUAGGGAGGAAACAGUGACUCAGACGGCUAGUUUCUGAGUGGUAACAGCUAAUUUACAGCACAUCUUUGCAUUUAAGUAAACAAACUGGAAGAUGAGUUAAGACAAUGCCCCAUCGCUGGAGGUGUCCAAGGUCAGGUUGGAUGGGGCCCUGGGCAGCCUGAGCUGGUGGGGGGGCAGCCCCUUCCAACCCAAACCAUUCUGUGAUUCUAUGACUCUGUGAAUGACUAGAGACUACCAUAUACAGAGAUGUCUUUGGGUCACAGAGGUUUAUCUGUCCUGGUGGAAAUGUGAGUAAUCCUGACACUUACAGACUCUUGCACCUGUCAAAUGCACAAAUCCAGCAAAAAACAAUGGUCAGUGCCAGACUUUUUUCUUUAGCAUCUUUAACACCACAGUCAAAGAGAUCAACAGUGCAUCACUCCCAUCCCAACAACUGAUGGGUGAGAACCCAAGACACUCAGGAUAACACACUUGAUCUACAUUACUCCAUGGACACACAAAAACACCCCGAAAAUGCUCUCUCUUGGGGAAAAAACAAACAAACAAAACAACCAUUUGUGAGCUGCUUUCUUUGUAUGAAUUGAGUCCUACUUAAAGUAGAAAACAAAUGGGUAGUGUGCUGUUCCAUGCUUUCUAAGAUAUAAACUUCUUCUACAUGGGGACACCUCCAGAUCUUACUGCCAUCUAAGUUUACAGAAAACAUCUCUAAUACAAAACCGGUAGUUUAAACCAUGAGGAAAUUUGCACUAGUAUUAGGAUGGAUUCAGUUUUUCUCUACUCUCUAAACUUGCUCAUGUUAUCCUGCUUUCCUCUGAAAGUCCUAUUUCACAUCCAUUUGUAAUCCCAGUUAUUAUCUUUAUCUCUUUUUGUGUUAUUGCUUCCUUGGUUUCUUCUCCGCAGCUGAAAUCUUCUCCCACACACAUCGACCUUAGUUUCCAGGUUUCCCUUGUUUAAUUCCUUUCCCUGUGCUGCUCAGAGUGCAUCUAUUUGUUUCUUUCAUCUAUGUAAUUUUCACAUCACUGCCCAAUGCAAUAUCAUCUACAAGUUUGUUUCAUACCUCAUCACUCCUCCUUGAUUAUCAGCAUAAAGGAAAAACAAUUUUUCUGAUAGCACGUAAGGUGAAGAAUUCCCAUAUGAUACACCCAAAUAUUGGUGUCUAUUCACAGUCCUAAAGUUAGCUUUCAGACAACAUACAAUUACUGCAUAUAAAACAGCACCUACUGACAUACUCAGGACCUAUGUAGAGGUUAAUGGAACACAGAAAGAGAGUUGCUAUUCCAACACCUUGUAGUUUGGGCAGAAUUAAUCCCACAGAGAUGUACGUUCGUUUUUCAGAGCAAGCUGGUCUACAGACCUCUUAAAAGACACUGACAAGAGGCACAUAUUUUGGUGAUGAAAUUCAUCAGACUUAUUUUAGAUGUCUUAUUUUACAAUGGGAUGAAUUGUUCCUUAUAAAAGUUGUUCCUCUUCAGAGACUAGGCAGAAACCAAACAGACAGUCUGGCUCUUGAUAUCUGUACCUUCUCCUCCAUUCUUCUAUAUCUGAAGCUCUUACAGCUUAGGUAAAAAUCAGGUAAAUACUUUGUUCAGGAACACUGAAUGAAGAAAUGAAAACAAAGGUGUGAUUCAUCUGACCAGAUCUGCCCAAUAGUGCAUACAUUCACACCUCAAAUAGCUGUCACAGGUUCCUUUGCCAUCCAUGGAAGAAAGUGCAUUCUCAUGAUGCAGUGCCAGUCAACUCAUCUACAGUAAGCACUUAAACAUGGAUCAUAUGAAGAAGUUUCUGUUUCUUUCUACUGAUGAUGGGAAAAAUGGAAGAGUAGCACAGAUAACUUGUAUUUCACUUGUAUUAUAUCUUUCUUUCAGUACAGGCUAUAAGUUUUACAGGUAGAAAGGAGCACAAGUCUAACAGCCAUAUUUAUUAUUUACUCUGUUGUGUCUGAGGCUGACAAUCACACUAUCACAAUCACAAUAUUGAGGCAACUAAAGCUAGGAGAUAUUAAUCCUGCACUCUGACUAAACUGACUAUGGACAGAAAUCAGCUUUACGCACAAGGACCAAGCUGAUGGGAGAUGGCCUGUUUCCACUCAUAAGGAUGUAUGGGAAUCAGAGUGGAAGUGACGAAUAACAAAGUAUUUAGGGAAGACCAGAAGACAUGCACAACUUAAGAAAAAGUAAAACCUGAAGGAACUAUCUACAGCAUGUAAACAUCAAAAUGGAGAAUUACUCCUUAGAAAGGUGAAUGCCAAAUAGAGUUCAUGGGACACAAUAAAAAAUUUGCUUUAUCAUUGGCCCUAAGUAAUCUCAGUAAAAUCUAGAUUAACUAGAUUAAUCUAAUUAAUGUACCAGUAGUAGUAUUACUACCGUGCAUACCUAAUUUGGUCAAGAGCCAUUACUGUACAAAGAGUAUGAAGAGUAGAAAUAUUGUCAGUUUGAGUAACAAAAUCACAGAGGGAUCUGGAAGGAUCCGUGGAGUACUUCAGAAGGAAAUGCAAUCUCUCACGUUUCUUGAGUCCACUCUUGCCCCAUCAGAUGAAGAACAGCUCUGAAAUUUGAUCAGUUUGCUCACAGCCUUGCUCAGUUCAGCACUGAGUAUCUUCAAGAAUGGAAAUGAAACUCAGAUAUUUUCAGAAGUUUACUGAAGCAUUCAAAAAUAACGUGAUAGGCGUGACUGUGGAAUCAGCAAGCAGGCUGGAAAAUGACUUCUCUUCCAAGUCUCAUGAUUAUGUUUUAAUAUUUCCAGAUCUUAAUUAUCCAAUCAAAAAUUCAUAUAAAGGAAAAGGUCAAGCUAUCUUGCAUAAUUUUAGCUUUGGCAAACAUGACUGGUACAACCAUACAUUCAAAAUUGCAGCUGAAAACACUUCUUUAUUGAAUAGAUUAUUCUCUUUUCUAAUCUAUGGUAAUACCCUUGUUGGAUUUCCAUCUUUUAGAAAUCCUAUUAGGAUUACAAAUGUAAGAUGGAAAAAUGCAAAAUAAUUCUGCCUGUGUAGAGGAAAGUUGUUUCACAGUAAUCACUCAAACGUGUGCUUUAUUAAUGUUUUAUAGGUGAAUGACAAUGCUCCUAACUACAGUGUUGAAAAAAAUAUAGGACUGUGAGCACAGAAUGUUCUUGGUAAAAUAUUUUAAAACAUAUUACUCCAAAGAAAUGGCAUUAAAGAAAUAGUCAAUGUGCGAGUUUCUUAAAGCAGUACAAUAUGAGAUGGUAAUAAAGUAUGGUGGUUUUCAAAAUGUAUGAUAUGUUGGCAUUUCUAAAUUCUCAGGAUGUGUGUCUGUUUUGUUGUUGCUGUGGUUUUUUGUUUUCUAUUCAGUAGAUAUCCAUGAUGUUAGGACGCUUAGGGUAUGGUUUAAACUCAUUCUGAGUGGCAUAAAUAAAUUCCUGGAAUUUUACAAUCUGAGCUGAAAACAUUUUAACCAGAAUUAAAUUAUUUGCAUUGAUAGUUUACAGAAAUAAAUUCCAACCCAAGUCAUUCUAUGACACUAUGAUUAUGGAUUCUAAUCAAAAGGAGAAAAUGUUUCUCAAUUUGUUCUUGGUGAUUUUAAUGACCCAGCAGUUUUCCGAUUUCCAGCAUGGAUCUUUUGUACAGUACAAUUAGGCUUUGUGGUUAGCACAGUAAUUUAAAAAUAAUGUUCUCUAGGUUAUAAGAAAAUAAAAUAUAGUUCAACAUACCUGCAUACAACAGAUGCUGUACAAAAGCAUCUAAAAUAAUAUAUCAUUCAAAUAUUUAGAAAACGUUCAGCGUCACUUUAACAAAAUUUAAGAGACAGGGGAAGUAUUUGAAUAAGCAUAACCUGAUUAUUACAUUCAUAAUGUGACUCACUUCACACACAGCACAAAUUUAUUUACAGGAAAGAAUUUAAGCUAGAUGCACCAAUAUGUCUGUGUUUGAUAAAACAAGCACUUGAAGGCAUUACAAAUGCACAUAAAGUGUUUAGAAACUACAGUUUUCUAUAUGUUAGGUUACUUCCAUCGACUCUAUUUGUUCUCUCUUGAGUAAACAGAUUAACUUGUUGGAUUUCAGAUACCAGAGGAAAAUGUGUUACUUUUGAAAGGGGGCCAAAUUAGCCUCAGGUAUUCUUUGGAACACACAUAAAAAGAAACUUUUAAAAUUACUCUAUUUCUUAAACUUGGUUCUCUUACAUCUCUUUAGCUGAUGUACUAUGACAAAACUAACUGAAAAAGAAUAUUGCCUAAAUUUGCAGAAAAACAAAUACUUACUAAGGAAUUUAUCAUUACCAUAUGCCUGACCCUAACAAAUUGUGUAAUACUCGCCAUCUUAGAUGUAUAAAUACUCACAUAAUGUACUAGAGCUAGAAAAUGACAUGGACUGCAAAAGACUAUGCAUUAAUCACAGUAAUAUACUCUGUAAUAUGAGCAUAGAUUGGAAAAUAUUGACCUGUAAUACCAUGUAUCUUUAAAUAUAUAAUCCAAAUUUGUGUGACGUGCCAGAAUACUGAAGCCUUGUGACUUGAGGUGCUUUAAGAGAGAAGUUCGUUCUUUUAUAUCUGUAAUUUAAGGAAGUAGAAGAUGCUCAAGGUCUAGAAUGUUUUUAAUUUAAAUGAAAAGACUUUAAAGAUAACGUAUUGGAAAUGUUACUUCUCUGCAUAACAAUACUUGAACAAUACAGAGCUGAAAAGCACCAUUCAAUUCUUUAACAAACCACUGAUGAACAGCUGAGUAAGUAACAGUAAUAAAUGCAACUCUUACUAAGUCGAAUUGUUUCAGCUCAUGGAAGUGUGUUUUUCUAAGCAGAGCUGGAUAUGAGCUGCACUCUUCUAUUCAACACUCUCUGAAGCCAUUUUAAAUUUAAGCUCUUAGUCAUAUAGUGAACCGCUACUAUUGCAGUGUAAUGGUAGUCUUGCUUGUUUGAUUGCCCCAAUGCAUGCACAUAAAGACUAAAUAUUAAUGAUAUUAAUGAUGCAGAACUGUUUUGAGUCUGUAACGUGAACUCUAAAGCCUCAAACAAGCCUCUUCCUUCUCCUAGCAAUAAAUUAACCUGGGCUUGGUAAUCA